AUGACGUCCUUCUAUGGCGACAGUUAUAUAUCAUUGCCGCUGCAAGAAGCCAAGAGUACCUCGGACAUCCGGUUCCGUUUCCGGACUCACCGCACAGAUGCACUGGUAUUGCUUGCGGCAGGCCGAAUCGACUACUGCAUGGUGCGGCUGGAAAACGGAAGGCUCAGUGUCCGGAUAAACCUCGGGGCGGGAGAGUCUGAGGUGACAUCGCCCGAGGGUCUCGUGCUAAACGACAUGUCAUGGCACGACGUACUCAUCACCCGACAAGAAGCAAAUCUCACUCUCACAAUAGACACGGUUCACUCAGUCAAAAAACGUCUUCCAGGCAGAUUUUUCGAAUUGAAUAUCCAUUUUGGGGUUUUCAUAGGAGGUCAAGGAGAUUUUUCGGAGCUAUUUCUUGGUCAUAUGGAUAAUUUUCGAGGAUGCAUAGCAGAGGUAUCUUACAACAACGUAUCAAUUUUGCAAAAGGCUAGGGAAAGAUCUGGUCAAGUACAAGUAAAUGCCGUUACUUGGAAUUGUGCCGCUGAAUUUGACGCGGACGUCAACACAGACAUCAGCUUCGUACAGGAUAGUGCCUAUAUGAUGUUGCAGAAAGCGUCGUCCAGGGCUGGGGCAAGAUGGCAAUUCGAAAUCAAGACGCUAGUAAAUCACGCAACCCUGCUGUACAACACCGGCCAGUCUUCAAGGGCAGAUUUCGUGGCAGUCGAAAUAAUCGAAGGGCGCGUCCGAAUUUUGUUCAAUAAGGGCUCGGGUGGUGUUACAGAACUCUAUAGUCCUGUAUUCGUGUCAAACGGCAUUUGGCACAAGUUAGACGUCACUUUUAAUCCCGCAAUGGUCGAGCUAAUAGUUGAUAAUGAAAAACUAAGCAAUAAACUGCCUCAAAACUCCAGACAUUUAGAUUUAAGCGAAAAUUACUAUAUUGGUGGAAUUGAAGAAUCGAAGCGUGCGAGAGCCUCUGGAAAAGGACUCAAAACUGUAGAACAUAGUUUCAAGGGUUGCAUUCGCGGCAUAGAUCUCGACGGACAUGCCAUUGGUUUGCCGUCGAUGCGCGUAACGCAGGGUACGGCAGGCGAGUGCGUGUGGAGGUACCCGUGCUCCGAGCAGCCACAGCCCUGCUCGGCCGAGGCGCAAUGCGAGCAGAGGGGCGUCGAUGGAUUCAAAUGCGAAUGCGACCAAAAGAUGUGCGUUAACCCGGACUAUGCGGAAAAGUACAAGGUUUUCUCUAAAAAUUUAGCAGUCGAUUUGGAAAUGCUAUCUCUGACCCCGUUAGAGUGUCCAGAAGGGGAGACUAGACCAAUUAAUCGAAAUAACAUUCAUAUGGUACUUGAUUACCCAAAAUUUGGAGUGAGAGAUACGGACGUACUGUUUCAUGUAAUCGAACUGCCGAAACAUGGCCAAUUGAGCUUUGAUUUGUGGACACAGCAGAUCAACCAAGACAAACUAUUCACAUUGCUCGAUUUGAGUGAAGGAAAAGUGAACUAUAUCCACGAUGGAACAGAGACAAGAAAAGAUUUCGCUAUUUUUGAGUUGGAAUUAAGAGUAGACGAGUCGAGAUUUGCUCUGCCGAUUUACCUGCAAGGUAGACACAGAUUUGCACUCCAUUUUAACAUAACUCCCGUAAACGAUCCGCCCGUCUUAUUUGUUAAUAAACAGAAAACGUUCCAGAUGGCUCAAGCUUUUACCGGGACAUAUAGAAGAAAUAAAGUGAGGGUCUUGAAAUUUACGCAGAAGGAUUUGAACGAUGGCUUGAUAUCUUACGUGCAUUUAGGGGAAAAGAUAACUCCCAAGAACAACUCCACUAAGCUAAUUUUCCAAGUAUCGGAUGGCAUAGAAUCGAGUCUCCCGGCGACCCUUAGACUCUCUUUUAUUCCGUUACAACUUCGAUUAGUAAAUAAUACAGGCUUAAUACUCGUCUAUAAAGCAUUUGCGUUUAUAACUGAAAACCAUUUAAAAUUCACGAGUAAUGUAGAAGAUGGACUCGUAAGCGUAAAAUAUGAAAUAGUAAAGUCUCCGACUUUUGGCUGUGUUCAAAAGCUACGUCAAAUUGAUUCAACUUGGCAAUGUGUGGACUACUUUACAAAUACUGAAGUGUCGCAAAACCAGGUGCGAUAUUUGCACAGCGUAAGUCUACCGAAAUAUGAUGAAUUCAAGUUCCGAGCUUUAGUGAGAGAUACAAGCAGUAGUGUAUACGAUUUCAGAAUAACAUUUACAAAAUUGAAAAUCAGCGUCCAUACCCAUCAACCCCUUCAAAUGAAUGGUACAAAAGAAGCAAUAAUAUCUAUGAAUAAUUUACUGUACCAAACUGAACCGAUGCCUUCCUCUCAUGCCAAUAUUGCUUACAAGCUUACAAGUCUUCCAAAAUACGGUUUUUUACAUUUAGGCAAAAAACAAAUUCAGGUUAACGGUGUUUUCACCCAACAAGAUUUGGACCAAGACCGUGUGAAAUAUGUAUUAUAUCGAACUGCCCACUCGCCAAUACUAGAUGAAUUUUUCUACAAAGUAUCAAUAGCGGAAUGUGAAGAUCGUUAUGGGUCAUUGACAAUAAAUUGUUCUCCGUCAAUUACUAAUGAAACAGUAAUACUCACAUCGUUGAAAGUUGAUGAAGGUGCUCGCGUCGGAAUUACAAAGUCGCAUUUCAAUUUUGAUGCGACUGGUAUAAAAGAUUUGACUUAUAACAUAAGUAUAGGACCAAAGCACGGAGUUUUACAAAUUGUCAUGAAGGACAAGAAAAUAAGAAGUAAUAUAAAGUUUUUUACCUCACAAGAAUUAGAUGAUAAUGAAGUAUUUUAUGUUCAUGAUGACUCUGAAAGUAAAAAUGAUAGUUUUUAUUUUAUGGCACUCUCGGAUGAGAAGCAUGAUUUUCAGUAUGUUGGCGCGUUUCGCAUAAACGUAAAUCUGAAUAACGAUAAUAGUCCUAAACAGGCUUUCAAUAAGAUAUUCCACGUUGUUAAUCAUGGUUCGAAAUUAAUUACUCGAAAAGAUUUGCUUUACAUUGAUGCUGAUAUAGACACUAAACCGGAAAAUAUAAUAUACACCAGAGAAGAAAUAUCCUUUGGCAACAUUUUUAACGUGAAUAAUAUGAUUAAACCCAUAUACAAGUUUACUCAGCAAGAUGUAAAUAGCGGUAAAAUUCUAUUUCAACAUGAAGGUGAAAGUAAUGGCAAAAUAAACUUCUUGGUAAACGAUGGUGAAUUUGACGUUAAUGGCUUUUUGGAAGUUAAAGCUUCUGAACCAUUCAUAAGAAAUUUGAUAAGCAACGGGUCAAUAGUUCAAAAUGGAAAAUCUAUCACAAUAUCCAGUGAGGAUUUGGAUAUCGAAACGAAUAUAAAUUGUAAAAAUAAAGAUAUUAUUUACGAGGUUGUGGAUGGUCCAAACCAUGGUAGCAUCAAAGUAAAUAAUAUAACGACAAACACUUUUACUCAAGAAGAUUUAAUCAAGGGCAUCGUAUGCUACGAAAGUACUACCUAUUCUACUAGUCGAGACAAUUUUAAAUAUCACUUAUCGGCACUUAAUACUUCAAUGGAUGGUAAUUUCUACUAUAUCAAAGUGUAUCCGGCUAGUUAUUGGGAGCCCUUGCAAAUUGUAGCAAACAAUUCGCUUUUAGUUGAAGAAUCCACAAGUGCUGUAAUAACUAAACAGCAUUUAGAUGUAUUGCAUCCAUUAAUACCGGCAUCUGAUAUAAUGUAUAUAAUAACUGAAAUGCCAGAAUAUGGAUAUCUAGAAUUGCAAAAAAACACUAUGGUGGGUGAAGAAGAUAUUCAAGAUACUAGAAUAUUUGAUCAAUCAGUCAUCAAUGCUGGAAAAUUGCAUUAUAUUCAAUCAGGAGUCAAUAAAACAGCAGAUAGAAUAGUUUUUAAUAUAUCUAAUGGCAUCACAACAUUGCCGAAUUUAGCUCUCAACGUUGUUAUUCUACCUGAACAUAUAUACCUCGGAACCGACGAUUUAUAUGUUGUAGAAGGUAAAUCGGUAGUUCUCCAAAAUAAUCUACAAAUUUUGUCAGACUACUAUAGGGGUAAAGUAACAGAGUUUAAGAUUAAGAAACAACCUUCCUAUGGUAUACUAACCUUUGGUAAACUCAAAGAUAAAAUAACAAGGUUUUCAUAUAAACAGUUAGAAGCAAAUGCCGUAGUAUAUGUACACAACGGUAGUGAAAAUUUAGAAGAUAGUGCUGUAAUAAUAGCAAUUGUUGACAAUAGGGAAAGCCUUCCAAGCACUUUGAAAAUUCAUGUUACACCGAUCAAUGAUGAGACUCCAACUAUAUUAACAAACAGUGGUCUUGAUAUGUGGAAAGGAGGAAUUGGAGUAAUUGGAGCAAAUGAUUUAUAUGUAAAAGAUAAUGACACGCCGCCAGAAAACUUGACAUUUAAUGUUUUAGUGGUAAGAGGCGGACAUGUUGCUCUUUCUGGAUCGCCUAACGAACCAAUAUUCAGUUUCACCCAAGAUCAAAUAAUCAAUGGCAAAAUCUCAUUCGUGCAUACAAACGAUACUAGCGGCAAAAUCCUUUUCACGGUCAGUGAUGGUAUACAUUCGACGCCCGAACAAAGUUUUUACAUAACAACAAAUCCCGUCACGUUGAAACUAAUUACUAAAAAUAAUUUUCACAUAUUUCCAUUAUUGAGAAAGCCGCUCACGCCUAACCAUUUGUUGACAAUAUCAACUGAUAAUGGCAGGGAAAUAAAAUAUAUUGUAAAAUACGGACCCACUCUCGGCAGAUUGGUUAUGGAAUCAGAUGACGGCUCUUUUAGUCAAGUAACUCAUAGUUUUACACAGGCCGAUAUUAAUAUGAGUCGAAUAUUUUAUGAGCAUACUCAUCCUUUCAGUGAUAUGAAUGCUAAUGAUUCCAUUAUAUUUGACAUUGCUUCAAAUUUAGCUGAAACGAUUACAAAUGAGCAUUUAUCUAUAGACAUAUCAGUAUCAUCGGGCGGCUUGGACAGAUGUUUAUCAGUACCUCCAUUACUUUUGCCAGAGGGUGGAACAGCCGUUGUACGAUUUAAUUUGUCUUCCAUUGUUGAAUUUUUAGAGAGCCACGCAGGUCUUAUGUCGCCCAUUGUCCAUGCGCAUGCAUCGCAACCUCAGCAUGGUGUAAUAUCGUUUAUGCAGGAUCCUAAUAUCACUAUAUAUAGUCAAAAUGAACUAGAUUCAGGACAAGUAAAAUAUCAACAUGAUCACUCAGACACAGUUGAAGAUUUCAUAAAACUUGCGAUCUAUCUGUUACCGGAAUACAUACUUCUUUGCAACGUGACCAUUCCUAUAAAGAUUACGCCUAUAAACGAUCAACCAUUCCGAUUGGUAACCCAAGCGCCGCACGUGUCGGUUGUGCAGGGCGAAAAUAUAACAUUAAAUUCUGAAGACCUGCUAACAGAAGAUUUAGAUACUCCUCCUGAAGAACUUUUGUACGACAUAAUAAGCGGUCCCACGCAAGGCAGAUUAAUUUAUAGACAAAAAAAUCAUGAUACCAAUACCUUCGAAGAAACAAUAAACAUCAAUAAGUUUUCUCAAGACGACAUCAACAACGAAAGGAUAAUUUACGAACAUUCCGGAACUACUCAGAUGACGACAUUCUACUUCCGCGUGUGGGAUGGCAAAUUCAAACCAGCGUACACAGUUUUCAAUAUACAUGUUCUUCCGGUCGAAUUGAAUAUCACUUCAGGCGAACCAAUAUAUUUGCAACAAGGAUCUAAUGUUGCAUCGUUGAGGAAGGAACAGUUCAUUGUUGACACCAAUGCCAAUCCGAAUAGAAUAUUUUUCAAUGUGACGCGUUCUCCAAGGGAUGGAGUUUUGUAUGUGAAAGAUACUGAUAUGACGACAGCCAAUGAUAGUUUUCAGGUUAUGGGAUAUAUAGGGACCAUUGCACAAAUAACAAACAUAGAAGUGAACGUCGAAGUUCAACCUUUAAUGCAGAUCAGUCCGUUAGCUGUUCUGAUGGGUGACAAGACCAGGAUAUCUUUGCGAUCUUUGGAUGCUACACACGCUAGCAAACUAACAAGCAGCAAUCCCACAUAUCGUAUAAUACGUAAACCACGUUACGGAAAAUUGAAGAAAAUAAUUAGAUCUACCGGCGAGCACAGAACACAGAGUCGCGAAGUAGGCCAAUUUACACAUGAAAGAAAUACUAAGCGGUGUAUAUAUUUACGUUCCUAAGAAAUCAACAGAUACGAUUCACUUGAGGAUAUAAAAUUUACGGUAGCGGCGUCUAUUUUUCAGCCCGCUGUGGCAGAACUUAAGAUCAAACUCAUGGUACAUAACACUAUUAAUGAGCUGCCAGGACCAGGAGACCCCGAAAGUCACGAAGGAGGCAUGCAGGUAGCCAGUCCCAACAUGAGCAGUGACUAUCUCUUAAUAGUAAGCAUGGUAGGAGGAGUCGUACUAGGAAUAGCCGUAGCAGUAAUCAAAUGCCGUAACAUGGAACCGAUUAAAGAAGAUCUGAAUAAGACGCAAACUAUACCACUGCCUAGACCACCUGAUCAUCUAAUGCCGCAUUCCCCUCAUGUCAAACGAUAUAUUUCAUCUGAGGAUUCGUUGCAGAUAGAUGACGAUAUGCCUCUACCAAGCCAUUCCGAUGUCCCUCACUGCAAAGUGAUCGCUUUGAGCCCAGUGGACUCAAUGUUAGGAUCUGAUAUUGAUAUGAAUAUCAGGUACCCAUAUGGAGAUGAUCUCAUAGAAGACUGGAGUACUUACGAUAUUUCCGAAAUUGAAUAUCCACACCGUACGACAAAUUCAAUGAUACAAAGGAGUCAAUACUGGUCUGACCUUUGCCUAACAAAAAAAUCGAACUUGUACCUACGCUACGCCGUUUUUACUAAGUUCGUUAACGGUGUUUUCACCCAACAAGAUUUGGACCAAGACCGUGUGAAAUAUGUAUUAUAUCGAACUGCCCACUCGCCAAUACUAGAUGAAUUUUUCUACAAAGUAUCAAUAGCGGAAUGUGAAGAUCGUUAUGGAUCAUUGACAAUAAAUUGUUCUCCGUCAAUUACUAAUGAAACAAUAAUACUCACAUCGUUGAAAGUUGAUGAAGGUGCUCGCGUCGGAAUUACAAAGUCGCAUUUCAAUUUUGAUGCGACUGGUAUAAAAGAUUUGACUUAUAACAUAAGUAUAGGACCAAAGCACGGGGUUUUACAAAUUGUCAUGAAGGAUAAGAAAUUAAGAAGUAAUAUAAAGUUUUUUACCUCACAAGAGUUAAAUGAUAAUGAAGUAUUCUAUGUUCAUGAUGACUCUGAAAGUAAAAAUGAUAGUUUUCAUUUUAUGGCACUCUCGGAUGAAAAGCAUGAUUUUCAGUAUGUUGGAGCGUUUCGCAUAAAUGUAAAUCUGAAUAACGAUAAUAGUCCUAAACAAGCUUUCAAUAAGAUAUUCCACGUUGUUAAUCAUGGUUCAAAAUUAAUUACUCGAAAAGAUUUGCUUUACAUUGACGCUGAUAUAGACACCAAACCGGAAAAUAUAAUAUACACCAGAGAAGAAAUAUCCUUUGGCAACAUUUUUAACGUGAAUAAUAUGAUUAAACCCAUAUACAAGUUUACUCAGCAAGAUAUAAAUAGCGGUAAAAUUAUAUUUCAACAUGAAGGUGAAAGUAAUGGCAAAAUAAACUUUUUGGUAAAUGAUGGUGAAUUUGACGUUAAUGGCUUUUUGGAAGUUAAAGCUUCUGAACCAUUCAUAAGAAAUUUGAUAAGUAAUGGGUCAAUAGUUCAAAAUGGAAAAUCUAUCACAAUAUCCAGUGAGGACUUGGAUAUCGAAACAAAUAUAAAUUGUAAAAAUAAAGAUAUUGUUUACGAGGUUGUGGAUGGUCCAAACCAUGGUAGCAUCAAAGUAAAUAAUAUAACGACAAACACUUUUACUCAAGAAGAUUUAAUCAACGGCGUCGUAUGCUACGAAAGUACUACCUAUUCUACUAGUCGAGACAAUUUUAAAUAUCACUUAUCGGCACUUAAUACUUCAAUGGAUGGUAAUUUCUACUAUAUCAAAGUGUAUCCGGCUAGUUAUUGGGAGCCCUUGCAAAUUGUAGCAAACAAUUCGCUUUUAGUUGAAGAAUCCACAAGUGCUGUAAUAACUAAACAGCAUUUAGAUGUAUUGCAUCCAUUAAUACCGGCAUCUGAUAUAAUGUAUAUAAUAACUGAAAUGCCAGAAUAUGGAUAUCUAGAAUUGCAAAAAAACACUAUGGUGGGUGAAGAAGACAUUCAAGAUACUAGAAUAUUUGAUCAAUCAGUCAUCAAUGCUGGAAAAUUGCAUUAUAUUCAAUCAGGAGUUAAUAAAACAGCAGAUAGAAUAGUUUUUAAUAUAUCGAAUGGCAUCACAACAUUGCCGAAUUUAGCUCUCAACGUUGUUAUUCUACCUGAACAUAUAUACCUCGGAACCGACGAUUUAUAUGUUGUAGAAGGUAAAUCGGUAGUUCUAUCCAAAAAUAAUCUACAAAUUUUGUCAGACUACUAUAGGGGUAAAGUAACAGAGUUUAAGAUUAAGAAACAACCUUCCUAUGGUAUACUAACCUUUGGUAAACUCAAAGAUAAAAUAACAAGGUUUUCAUAUAAACAGUUAGAAGCAAAUGCCGUUGUAUAUGUACACAACGGUAGUGAAAAUUUAGAAGAUAGUGCUGUAAUAAUAGCAAUUGUUGACAAUAGGGAAAGCCUUCCAAGCACUUUGAAAAUUCAUGUUACACCGAUCAAUGAUGAGACUCCAACUAUAUUAACAAACAGUGGUCUUGAUAUGUGGAAAGGAGGAAUUGGAGUAAUUGGAGCAAAUGAUUUAUAUGUAAAAGAUAAUGACACGCCGCCAGAAAACUUGACAUUUAAUGUUUUAGUGGUAAGAGGCGGACAUGUUGCUCUUUCUGGAUCGCCUAACGAACCAAUAUUCAGUUUCACCCAAGAUCAAAUAAUCAAUGGCAAAAUCUCAUUCGUGCAUACAAACGAUACUAGCGGCAAAAUCCUUUUCACGGUCAGUGAUGCCGCUCACGCCUAA